UGUACCCAAACAGAAUGGAACAGCGCCAGCACAGUACAGCGUAGCUACGUCCCAUUACAUUCCACCUGUUCACAAUCAAAAUCUUAACUGUGCUAGGGGAACACUUAGUUCUGAUGUUCAAAAUACUCAGAGGACUAGGGAUACUACUGAUGGUUACACUGCUACAGUCCGCCAACAUCCAGAUGUGAAUAACUAUGGACAAGUAAACCAUAAUACAAGGACUCAAAAAAGUCAGGAUAACUUGAGAUACAAUGAAAAGUUGGAAGGCCAACCAAGGGUUGUUGUACCCAAUAUUCUGCCUAAUCACUAUGCAAGCAGGAUGAAUCAUUGUAACAGUCAGGUAGGCAGCUAUUCGAUCAGACAGGAAGAAGCCAAGCAUGCUGAGCAUAUGAAAAUGAUGGAAGGGAACUGAGAUGGUUGGAAAACAAAAAUGAAUCAAAAAUUGUGGAUAAUUAUGUCCAUACUGGGUUAGAUCACAAUAAGAACCCGCAUGGAUAUGGUGAUCUUACGCACUCAUCAAAAUUAAGCCGAUCCACUCCGAAUGUGACGUCUGUACAAAGGCCGGUACAGCCGCGUGUUCGAACUGAGCAGGAACGAUUGAUUGAUGUACAGCGUCAAAAGCUGAUCAUCCUUGAGAAGCAUAAACAAAUGGUUGCCAUGCAAACGCAGAAACAUAAGGAGAAGCAGGAAUUGAUUGAGAGGGAGACGCAGCAAAGUGCGUAUUAUGCAAUGCCAAUGGUCCCGUCUGAGGAAUACCAACAGUCGUCACAGAACAAUUCGCAAUCAGCAUUGCAGCAGUGGUUUUUGAAGGAAACGGUCAAACGUGACAUGGUUCCGACAAAUAGGGGUGCGGGUGGAAGAGACAUAAAUGAGACACCAGGAAUCAGAUGCUGUCCUAGAUGUCAGAAGCAGGAGGAAUUGUUAGUCAGAUCUGGUUUAUGUUUUAUGUGCGAUAUGAGUUUGCAAGCUGAACAAAAUCCUGGUAUAGUUCCCAUGACAACCAAUGGCCGAGGGGAGAGUACUAUAAACUACACUCCAAAGCCAGCCGCGGGGGUACCUAUAUCUGGUACUCAAGUACAACAACAUAGGACCAGUGCUGCACAGACUUUAACCAACCCUCCAUGCCAGUCACCUACCAAUGGUGUGAUUGAAGAGACUACUCUUUCCAUCCAACAACUAUGUAGCAAGUUUGAAAAUCAACAUUCUGGUGUUUCAACUAGUGGUCAGAUGAUGCGCAACAGUCGAGUAAUAAUACAGAUUGUGUGACCCAGCUAGGGAAGAUGAAUAACUUAACUCAGUUACCACAGUCUUAUAAUACAUCUGGAUAUGUAUAUCCAGUUAGUUCAUUUCAAAGGAAUGGACCGGGAUACUGUACGCUACCACGUAAGAAAGUAGAACCUGAUUCGACAGAGUCGUUGUACCAAUUAUCCCUGCACUAAAGUCCCGACUUCUGAUAGCGGUACAAACUUCACACGAGGGACUUGGUCGUCUCAGAGUAUGAUUGUCAAGUCGAUCAGUAAAGAACAGAUUAAUUCACCAAGUCAUCACAGUAACGGAACGAGUGAUACACUCCAACAAACUGACAGAUCUCCCACGUCAACGACAACCCAAGACUCAAGAUAUGCAGGCCCAAGUAAUGAACGAGUAGUCACAGACCCUGCAUCUGUUGAUAAACAGAAGAUUUUUUGCAAAUUAUGUAGGAAAGUGAUGAUCAAAUUGCCACAUCAGUAUUGUCAUAAUUGUUUCAUAUAUUUAAGUGGACUGCGGCCCAGCAGCAAGUGUUGAUCGUGUUUUCGUCUGAGAAAUCAUGAGUUUAAUAGAUUAUACAAUG